UUUAGCGUCCGCUUGAACAGGAAGUGCUUCUUCUUCGUCUGUUUAUACACUGUGGAACUUGUUUGUCGCGUUGCAAAUCCACGAAGUUCUUAAAUGUGAGUGUCUCACCGUCUGUGUUUCUGCUGGCUGGCUGAACACAGAGCGAUGGCCGACCCUGAGCUCUUAUUGGACUCCAGUAUUCGGCUGUGGGUGGUCCUGCCUAUUGUCUUCAUCACUUUCUUCGUCGGGAUCAUCCGUCACUAUGUCACCCAGCUGCUCCACAGCGACAAGAAGGUCGACUUGGAGCAGGUUUCUGACAGCCAGGUGCUCCUGCGCAGCCGUCAUCUCAGAGAGAAUGGGAAAUACAUUCCCCGACAGUCGUUCACCAUGAGGAAACAUUACUUCAACAACACAGAGACUGGCUUCUUCAAGAAGGUGAAGAGAAAGGUCGUCCCCAAGAAUCCCAUGACAGACACCAGCAUGUUGACAGAUAUGAUGAAGGGCAACCUGACCAAUGUCCUGCCCAUGAUUCUGAUUGGUGGAUGGAUCAACUGGGCUUUCUCUGGGUUCGUCAUAACCAAGGUGCCGUUCCCUCUGACUCUGCGCUUCAAACCGAUGUUACAAAGAGGGGUAGACCUGCUCUCGCUGGAUGCUUCCUGGGUGAGUUCAGUGUCCUGGUACUUCCUGAAUGUGUUUGGACUGAGGAGCAUGUACAGCCUCAUACUGGGACAGGACAACGCUGCUGACCAGUCACGGGUCAUGCAGGACCAGAUGAUGGGUGCUGCCUUGGCGAUGCCCCCUGACCCCAACAAGGCGUUCAAGAGUGAGUGGGAGGCACUGGAGAUCAUGGAGCACAAGUGGGCGCUGGCAAAUGUGGAGGAUGAGCUGAUGUCCAGGGACCUCAACUUUGGAUCCUUGUUCAGCCAGGACAUCAGGUCCGCUGUGUUCUAGAACAUCUGUGGAAGGCUCCAGAAUUCUGGUCUCUGUGCUGAAGGUUCUAGAACAUGGGACACGCAGGUUCUAUGAUGGUUCUGAAUGUUCUGGAACACAGAAUACACAUUCUAGAAGUAA